UGCGCGUUGGGAGAGGGGGGCGUGGCCGAUGACUCCUCAGGUGCAUAUCCGGUCUCACGGACUGAAGGUGUGGCGGAACGCGCGGCCGGACGUCCAGGACAUUGAACGCAGCACACAGCCAAAGCCCUGGUGAGUGUUUGCAUACGAGGCCGAUGAGGUCGACUCGUGUUUCAUCCUCCUAGUUUGAACACUCACUGAGCCGGAAGCUUAACUACGAACGCGUCGUACUUCCCCACAGAAGAAGUCCCCUUGUUGCCAUGGCGUCUCUAUGGGACGACUUGGAAAGUCUGGCGAAUUCUCCGUCAUCCUUCACGGCGCCGACCGGGGAGCGAGGAACCAUCAAGCCCAAAGCCGGGUUCAAUGCCGGAGACGACGUCGCUGCGCUGAGGAACGCCAUCGAAGGACUCGGCACCAAAGAGAAGAUUUUGAUUGAGAUCUUGACCCGUCGGAGCAGCGCCCAGAGGCAGCUCCUCUGUGAGGCCUACAAGGAAGCCACUGGCAGAACGCUGGUGGAGGACCUGAGAGGAGACACCAGCGGAGACCUGGAGGAGCUGCUGGUGGCGCUCGCCACUCCGCCCGCUGCCUUCGACUGCCACCAAGUGAUGAAGGCCAUGAAGGGCGCCGGGACCAACGACGGCAUCUUGAUCGAGAUCUUCGCCUCCAGAUCCAACCAGCAGAUCAGAGCCCUGACGGACGCGUACCUGAAAGAAACGCAGAAGAAGUUGACCCUCGACCUCAGGGGGGAGAUCUCUGGAGACUUCGCCGAGGCGCUGCUGCUCCUGGCCGAGGGCAAAAGGGACGAAAGCGCCGCGGUAGAUGCGGAGAAGGCAAAGAAAGACGCCAAGACCCUCUACGACGCCGGGGAGAAGAAGUGGGGAACGGAUGAAUCCAAAUUCGUCGACGUCCUCUGCCGGAGAAGCGUCCCCCAGCUGAGACAAACUCUGCUCGAAUACAAGAACGUCAGCGGGAAGACCCUGCAGCAGAGCGUCGAGGGGGAGAUGUCGGGGGCGCUGGAGGAGCUGCUGGUGGCCAUCGUGAAAUGCGUGAAGAGCGUGCCGGCCUACUUCGCCGAGCGCCUGCAUGCGAGCAUGAAGGGCGGUGGAACAGACGAGUCCACUCUGAACCGGAUCAUGGUGAGCCGGUCUGAGAUCGACCUGCUGGACAUCAGAGCCGAGUUCAAGAAGCUCUACAAGUGCUCGCUGCUCUCUGCCAUCAAGUCGGACCUGUCCGGCCUGCAUGGGGACUGUGUGGAGGCCAUCUGUGGAGGAGACGACUGACACUCCACCCGAACUCCGCCCGAGGAGGACAGCGGCUCCCUCUGUAACUUUACUCUGAGGAACUAACCGACGGCUUCAUCAGCGGAGCGAUUCAAGCGGUUUUAAUCAGAGUUCUGUUGUGUUUCCGUCCGACUCCAAGACGAAAGCUGUGUGGAGGAGAUGAGGAGGGACGUCGGCGUGUUGUCUUCAUUAAAGGAAAAUACUUCCUGA